UCAAAUGUCAAGUGUGAAAAAAAUAGGUCACAAAUUAUAGAAUAAAUUCUUUUAUUUGGAUUUUAAUUUUUUAUGAACAUUGUUAAAAAUUCAAAAUGCACUUAAAAUGUUUUUGAAUUUAUUGGUAAAUAAUUACCUACUUUUUACUUAGAAUCAGUGGUAGUUUUGAUAUAGACAAUACAGUGAUGAUAUUAGCUGAAACCGUGUUGUUUGCUCUUGCUCUGAUCGAUAGCGGUGCAAUUUUAUUCUUGUUAGUUUACUUCAUUAUUACCUUAUCCGAUUUGGAAUGUGACUAUUUGAACGCCCAGGAGUGCUGUGACAAUCUGAACUACUGGCUGCUGCCGAAGUAUAUCGCCCAUUCGUUCAUAACCUUUUUAUUAUUAUUCCAUGGUCAAAUCCUGCUCUUCUUGUUGAACCUACCUAUGUUCAUUUGGAUAAGCUUUGAGUAUUUUACAAUACCGCAGGGUAAUUUGGGUGCUUACGAUCCAGCUGAAAUUCAUAACAGAGGCCAACUGAAGAAGCACCUCAGAGAUGUUAUGAUUUACGUUGGGCACUAUUUAAUAUUUUUCUUCAUUUAUCUCUACUGCUUUAUACUGGCGCUAUUGAAAGGUGACCCGAUACGUCGCGGAAGCGAUGACGAAAUUGUAACGGAAAUAAUAUAA